ACUACUUCCGUUUUACUUCCGGAUGAUCACAUUGUUGUCUGGCUGCAGUGUCCCCACCCACAUGUCAAACAACGGUAAAAUAUUCAUGCAUCACAAUGAAAAUCGUUACCUGGAACAUAAAUGGCAUCAGGACGUUCGGGGGCGGCAUUAAAAAGGCCCUCGAUUCACUGGACGCCGACAUUAUUUGCGUCCAAGAAACAAAAGUGACAAGAGAUUUGCUUGAUGAAAGAACUGCCAUCGUCGAAGGCUACAACUCUUAUUUCAGCUUCAGUCGAGGACGCAGCGGCUAUUCAGGGGUUGCCACUUACUGUAAAGACAGUGCCACUCCGUUCGCUGCUGAGGAGGGUCUCACAGGUCUGCUAACCAACCACGAAGGGGCCGUUGGAUGUUACGGUGACCAGAAGGACUUCAGCAGUGAGGAGCUGCAGCCUUUGGACAAUGAAGGACGAGCCGUUAUCACCCAGCACAGAAUUAUGUGUGGGGAGAAAGAGAAAAUGGUUACUGUAAUAAAUGUAUACUGUCCUCGAGCCGACCCUGAAAAGCCGGAGCGAAAGCAAUUCAAGCUGCAGUUCUACAAGCUGCUUCAGUGUCGGGCUGAAGCUCUGCUGAAAGAAGGGAGCCACGUGAUUGUUUUGGGAGAUGUGAAUACAUCUCACCGGCAAAUAGACCACUGUGACCCCAGCGACACUGAUGAUUUCAGUGAAAACCCUGGAAGGAAAUGGCUAAAUUCCUUUUUGCACAGUGGCAGAGAAGAGGGAGAAACGAAAGAAGAGGAGCCCAAUGAAGAAUCCGAGGUAACUUCCUCAGAAACAAAUUGCAGUGGAAAAUUCGUCGAUACCUUUCGCCUCUUCCACCCAACCCGCACCAGCGCCUUCACCUGCUGGAGCACCCUCACCGGCGCGCGACAGACCAACUACGGCACGCGCAUCGACUACGUAUUCGCUGACUGCCGACUGGCCAAGGAGCAGUUUGUGGCAGCCGACAUCAUGCCGGAGGUGGAGGGGUCGGACCACUGCCCCGUGUGGGGGCGGCUGAGCUGCUGUCUCCUGGCCAGCUCCAAGCCUCCGCCCCUCUGCACGCGCUACCUGCCCGAGUUUGCCGGCAAGCAGCAGACACUCUCCCGCUUCCUUGUUAAAGUGGACCAAAGGUCAGCUGCGUGGGAGAAGAGGGAUGCAUUACCCGGAUCUCAGGAGGAGGGGGAAAAGAGGGAGAAUUCUAACCCGUCCGGAGCGGGAAACGCCUCCGGCAAAAGACGGUCCUCGACGGCAGACUCUGUUGCGCCAAAGGGGAAGAAGACUAAGACAGUAAAGACUUCUCCAAACCCGCAGGGGAGCCUCCUGUCCUUUUUCAAACCCAAACUGGCAAAUGCUUUUCCCUCUACCGAGGCCCCUCUGAAGCAGCGUGUGGGAAAACCCCUCCGAGUGACUCCCUCCCAAGAAGCGCCGCCGCCGACGGGACCUUUAGCCGCACGGCACGCUGCGGGGAACCCGGAGGCCAAGAAAGGGCCGGCGCCCUCGGGGUUUUGGAAGUCUGUUUUUCACGGACCGCCACCACCGCCCUCCUGUAAGGUCCACGGGGAACCCUGUGUGCUUCGCACCGUGAAAAAGGAAGGGCCGAACGUGGGCAGGCAGUUCUUUGUGUGUGCCCGUCCUCAGGGACAUGCCUCCAACCCCGAGGCUCGCUGUAAUUACUUUACAUGGGUUGACAAGGGCAAGUGACGUGUGUACUUUGUCCCCCUGCUCAAACAAGUACUGUAAGACUACUGCAAGGAUGUCUCGUCAUUGGAACAAUUUUAUUUGAUUGUUUUUUUGUCUUUGCUAGAAAAAAUAAUAAACUAUUUUCUUAUAACUUUGA